GGGAAUGAGCGCAGAGUGAAGCGCUCGGCUGUCCGUGUGGUGCGAGCGCUGUGCGGUCCACAAUGCCGCGGGUCCAGCGGUGUCGGCUGUAAUGAAGGACGGACCCCCUGACACCCCGCACUUUCUCUUCUUCGUCCCUGCAGAAGAUGGUGGCUGGCGGCUAAUUCCAACUUCGGACUCCUUGGUUGGACAUCAGACAGGCUUCUGCUGCUGUUUCGCUAAACACAACGACAAAGCUCCAAAGCAGGCGGGGGAAUGACUGCUGGAGAAGAAGCUGCUGGUAACAAGGGGUCCUGAGAUGACGGAAGUAGAGCCAGUGUUGGACUUUGCCUCCUCUGGGCGCUCGGGGAGGAGAAAUGCACUGCCUGACAUCCUGGGCUCUCCUGCAGGCGUAAACCCUGGCGACCUGCCUCUUAAGCUGGCUGAGCUGUCCCUCGAAGAUGGUCCGGGAGGGGCGCAGUCACCGACGGCGGAGGAGCCUCCAGCGCCGCCGGAGAGCUCAGAGGGCAAAGAGGGAUCAUAGGGACUCGUUUUUUCUUUACCUCCCCGGAGACCUGCAAAGAUAACCUGAGAGACGGGAUGAGAAACAAAAUAUAGGGUGACCUGGGGGAGAAGUAGGGAUUAUCUGUGGAGAGGCAGCGUGUUUGCGAAAGCAGCUGAGCCACGGAGGGAGAGUGACGGACCGACUCCCCAAGGACUGGAGCCAGGAGCUUAGGACUGUUUGGCACUCAGCACUAUCUGAAAAGAGUCAGACAUCACUUAGUAAUGAACCAGUGAGUGUGCGCGUGUGUGUGUGUGUGUGUGUGUGUGUGUGUGUGUGUGUGUGUGUGUGUGUGUAUAGUUGAGUUAUACACUCACCGCAGACGCUACACUGAGAAUAAACGGGACCAUGACAGAUUGUAAAAUGUACACUACUAUUUUUGUAUGAUUUAUUUAAAACUAAAGAAAAACAGGUUCUCAUAAGUCAAACUGUAAUAUGUACCAUGUCCUUGAAUUUCCUGCUGAUUUUUGUUUUAUAGUGAUGUGUGUUAUUUUACAAUAGUAGGAGGGGUUUGAUAGCAGCCUUUAGUGGCUCAAAGCUUUUUAAUCCAGCUGGAUACAAAAUGGCACAUAACACAAGAAAUAACACAUGACAUGAGAAAACUGUAGAUUUAAUAAAACUGGGAGCUCCUUGUGUUGUCUUGCUUUUACACUAAAUGUGUAUGAUUACUGUGUGUUUUCAAAUCGGAGGCUGUUGUACAGUAUACAAAUGUACAGUUUUUACCCCUCAUCUCAAGACUGUUUUGAUCCUAGCAACAACGACCAGGGAUUCCAUAAAUUUUUUUUAGGUGUUCAUAUAAUGUGAGACGUUAAGUUGGAGCUAUGUCCACAUCUUGAAACAUUCCAUUAGAGAAUAGGGUCACACUGCCAGCAAUCUACACGCUGCUUCAUUAUAAUACUGAGAAAAGUCAAAGAUUUCCUUUUUUCACUCAAAUCUACUUUUAAACAUCUCUUAAUUUUCCAAACCUCUGAAAAUGUGCCUAGUGGCAGUUCACAACCAAAAACCUGUGUUGUGUUCUUUCUCUGUGAAGUACUGUUGUUGACCAUUCUGGGCUACUGAUAUUUCCUGUUUUAAUAGGAGAGACCAUAACACAUCUUUACUGCUUGAACUCUAAAUGAAAGAAUAAACACUUUUGUAACAUUC